AUGCCGAGGCGGCUGACCCGGAGGCGGCAGGCGGCAGGUGCCGAUGCGGCCGAUGCCGAGGCGGCUGACCCGGAGGCGGCAGGUGCCGAUGCGGCCGAUGCCGAGGCGGCUGACCCGGAGGCGGCAGGUGCCGAUGCGGCCGAUGCCGAGGCGGCUGACCCGGAGGCGGCAGGUGCCGAUGCGGCCGAUGCCGAGGCGGCUGACCCGGAGGCGGCAGGUGCCGAUGCGGCCGAUGCCGAGGCGGCUGACCCGGAGGCGGCAGGUGCCGAUGCGGCCGAUGCCGAGGCGGCUGACCCGGAGGCGGCAGGUGCCGAUGCGGCCGAUGCCGAGGCGGCUGACCCGGAGGCGGCAGGUGCCGAUGCGGCCGAUGCCGAGGCGGCUGACCCGGAGGCGGCAGGUGCCGAUGCGGCCGAUGCGGAGGCGGCUGACCCGGAGGCGGCAGGUGCCGAUGCGGCCGAUGCGGAGGCGGCUGACCCGGAGGCGGCAGGUGCCGAUGCGGCCGAUGCGGAGGCGGCUGACCCGGAGGCGGCAGGUGCCGAUGCGGCCGAUGCGGAGGCGGCUGACCCGGAGGCGGCAGGUGCCGAUGCGGCCGAUGCCUGA